GAUACUCGGCGGCGAACAUGACAAUAGUGAACCGGAGUACAGUUUAAGUUAAAAUUACGUUACCUUUUCAUGGUAUAAACCACCAAAAAGAAAACGCAGAGCUUAUUUUAAUCCCAAUACUCAUCUCUCACCGUUUUCGCCUCCAUUAAAGCCAAAAUUUUGAGGAAAUUCGAAGUUUAAAUUACUCAAUACUUACACUGAUCUACAUUUUCGGAGAAUUUGAAGAGCAGAAGAUGGGCAAAAGAGGUAGAGCAGCAAUUGUUGUACUAGGGGAUAUCGGCCGUAGUCCAAGAAUGCAAUAUCAUGCCCUCUCACUUGCUACCCAGGCAUCUCUCGAGGUAGACAUUGUUGCAUACGGAGGUUCUGAUCCACAUGUUGCUGUUCUGAAGCACCCUUCAAUUUGUAUUCAUCAAAUGGCACAAUGGCCUAAAUUUACGCAACAUCUACCGUGGAUACUUCGUUAUCUUGUACUUCUGCUCAAGCCACUAUUUCAGUUCCUUGUACUCCUUUGGUAUCUUUGCUUUAAAAUACCAGCUCCAGAUGUUUUCUUAGUUCAGAAUCCGCCAUCUGUACCAACCUUGGUGGCUGUGAAAUGGGCAAGUUGGAUCAGGCAUUCGGCAUUCAUAGUGGAUUGGCACAAUUUUGGAUACACUCUGCUGGGUUUGUCUCUUGGUAGAGGAAGCCGUUUUGUUGCAAUAUAUCGUUGGUUUGAGAAACAUUAUGGACAUCUGGCAGAUGGCUCUCUCUGUGUAACAAAGGCCAUGCAACAUGAAUUGGAUCAGAACUGGGGAAUCAGAGCCACUGUGUUGUAUGAUCAGCCUCCAGAAUUUUUUCACCCCGCUUCAAUGGAGGAGAAACACAGACUGUUUCAAAAAUUAGAUCAAGAGUUCAGACACUCUGAGGGAAUUCAAGAUUGUAUCAGCCAUGGAAGCAGACACAUGAGGACAGAUGAGCCAUUUGAUACACUGUUUACUAACAUCUCUGGGGUUGGUGUCACUGAAAAGUCAACCAGGCCUGCACUUGUUGUUAGUAGUACAAGCUGGACACCAGACGAAGAUUUUAGUAUCCUUCUGGAGGCAGCAGUCAUGUACGACAGACGUGUUGCAGCAAUCUUAAAUGAGGACGAUUCAGUCAAAGAAGAGGUCCUUUGGGAUGAAAUGAACAAUGGGAAACAAAAUAAUUAUCCCAGAUUGCUAUUUGUAAUAACAGGAAAAGGCCCUGAAAAAGAAAAAUAUGAACAAAAAAUAAAGAACUUACACCUUAAGCGUGUGGCUUUCCGUACAAUGUGGUUGUCAGCCGAAGAUUAUCCCCUGCUUCUUGGGUCAGCUGAUCUGGGGGUUUGUCUGCAUACUUCCUCAUCUGGAUUGGAUCUUCCAAUGAAGGUUGUGGACAUGUUUGGUUGUGGCUUGCCAGUCUGUGCUGCAUCUUACUCAUGUAUUGAGGAGCUUGUCAAAGUUGAAAGGAAUGGCCUUCUUUUCUCAUCUUCUUCAGAACUUGCGGAUCAGCUCUUGAUGCUUUUCAAGGGUUUCCCUAAUGAAUGUGAUGUGCUCGCAUCGCUGAGAAAUGGAGCCCUAGAAACAAGGUCUUCAGUAGCUUGGUCUACUGAGUGGGAGGAACAUGCAAAACCCGUGGUACUAGAGGCAAGUUUGUUACCGCUUUUCCUAUCUAUCUGCUUCAUUGUGGUUUUACUUUUCUCUAGGUGUGCACUCUGCCUAUUGGGAAAUCUAAAAGGUUUGAAUUUUGCAAACAUGAAUGCGACUAGGAAUUUUGUAGGAUUAUUUUGUCAAAAAACACCUUUUAUGACCUCCAAGUUUGAAGAAGUACCCUUUAUAAUAUUUUGUGUGGAUAAACCUUUUCAAGACCAAAAGCUUGUCAAGUUGCACCUUGCAUCUUUAUUCGACUUUCUGGAAAGAAAAUUAAAUUUUCUGGCGAAUUGACUCGUAUUUCACUCUUUUAUUCUUUUUUUUUUUCUCAUGUGCUUCCCCCUUCUCUCUCUCUUUUCUUCGUCUUCUUCUGAUUUCCACUACUUUCCCCCCACCCCCCCAAACCCACCUUCUCUUGCUCAAACCUCCUGCCAUGGAUUCACCCUUUUCUUGCCAAUUUCUCGCUUCAUCUCUUAAUGCCGCCACAAUUUUGUAAAGAUCUGUAUGUUUGUCACUUUUGCCAAAGUCACCAAGUAUACUUUGUGACAAAAAUAUAACGGAUUCACUUUUUGCUUCUUGACAAAUUCCAUUGAUCUAGUGUGACAGUUACUUGGAGAGAGCUGUCAUAGAAUUUAUAAAAUCUGUAUUUAUUUAAUGUUUCCCUUUCCUGAUACUUGCAGGUGAUAUCUCGAAAUUCUAGUUGAUCUUUAUGGUAUUCUCUUAUGUGUCCUGACUGACAGUCACCUGCGUGUAAUGUCACGAAAUACAAUGGUUUAUUUCUACUCUUUCGGACAAUUAGGCGACGCAAAGUUUUAGAUGACACCUGAAAUCCAUGUUGAACAAGGCUCCUGGUAUAGUUGAGCACUUAACGAGAAUGGUAGUCCGUAUGUUGCAUUUGUUCCCCUCUUUCAUAGCUUGAUUUUGUGUCAUUUACACACUUAUCUGUAUCAGUAAUCUCAACUUAGUAAUGUACAUUAUAUAAUACGAAGUACUUAUUUGUCCAAACACAAACAUAUUAGUCAAGUAUACUUUUUUUAAUAAUGAAACGACAUGCAUACUAUUUUGCGAUGUUUGGAAA